UUUCGGAUUGGAUACACCACUGUCCGAGAUAUUAUACAUAAAACAUGCUUAGCAAUUUGGGAGAACAUGAGGCACACAGCGUUUCCAGAAUUAAAUGAAGAAAAAUGGCUUGAAAUAGCCAAGGGUUUUAAUGAAAAUGCAGAUUACCCCAAUUGUAUUGGCGCCAUUGAUGGCAAACAUAUAAGAGUGAUAAAACCAAGUGCUUCAGGGUCACUUUACUAUAAUUAUAAAAAUUAUUUCUCUAUCGUUUUACUUGCUGGAUGUGAUGCAGAUUAUAAGUUCAUUUAUAUAGAUGUUGGCGCAUAUGGAAAGUGUAGUGAUUCAUCGAUUUUUAAACAUUCAGUUUUGCAUAAAAAAAUCGUUAAUAACAAUUUACGAAUACCGGAGAAAACUCCCAUAUCAAACAACGGAAUACCGAUGCCAUAUGUUAUUGUUGGAGACGAGGCGUUUGGUUUAUCUGACAAUUUGAUGCGUCCUUAUGGAGGAAAAAAUUUAACAAAUAACAAAAGGAUUUUUAACUACCGACUGUCUCGGGCAAGGUGUUACAUAGAAUGCUCCUUUGGCAUUUUGGCAAACAAAUGGAGAAAUUUUCACCGUCCAAUGGAUGUUCGAAAAGAAUUGGCAAUCAUCAUAAUAAAAACAUGCUGUGUGUUACAUAAUUACGUGCGACAAAAAGAUGGGUAUAGAUUUCAAGACACAUUGGAAGUCCCUUCAGAACUAGCAACACCCCCAGGUCCUUCAAGCAGAGCAAGUAGAUCAUCAGCGUCUUAUAGAGAUUUAUUUGCUGAUUAUUUUGUAAAUACAAAUCCGCUAGAAUGGCAAGAUAGGGUAGCAUUGGGAUAG